ACUGAGGUCACUUGCCCACUGGGCAAUCCGCUGGGCUACACUGGCACCUCUUUGCAGCAGUACACCUUCCAAGUGAACACGGCCGGUGUCUUUCGCGUCUUCACCGAGCCAAUGUCGAACGACGCACCACAAUCGGACGCCCCGGCGGACGCCAUGGCACCGCCUGAGAAGACUCCCAGUCCAAAUCCUUCUGAAGCGCCCUAUUCAACCGAGCUGCCUUCGUCCUCCACUCGAUUCGCCUCCUUCCAUCGCCGAAGUGUGACGAACCAGCUGCCCGGCGAGCAGACCUACGGUCGACCAAGCGCCGAACGGGUGCUCAACCUGUCCGGCCGGUAUGCGUCUUCUGAAGCUGGGACUCGUGCAUCCGGCCUCGCUGGGGCGGGUUUCAACACAAAAUCGCAGAAUAGACAACCACACACGUACGCCUGGCCAUCACCUUCGCCAACAGACGUGUCACCUGCGAUGCCGAUUGGGCUGGGCCAACAGCCCGACUGGUUGAUGGUGUUGGCGGAGGUGUUGAGCGGCAAUCCGGACGCAAAUGAGGCCAACAACGCGGCCAAC